AUGGCGUCGACGACCGCCACCCCGCAGGGCAGCGUUCGCCAGCGCAACACGGGUUCUAAGAAGGGAGCCACUCCCGGCGCCGCUGCUGACGAUAUUGCCAACGCUUUGAACACUGCCGCCGCAAAGAACAAGCGCUCCGGCACAGAGAACGGCCACACAGUCGGACUUCUUGUUACCACCAUUCUUGCAUUUGUCACCCGUUUCUGGGGUAUCAGUCAUCCCAAUGAGGUUGUCUUCGACGAAGUUCACUUUGGCAAGUUCGCUUCCUACUAUCUCGAGAGAACCUACUUCUUCGAUGUUCACCCCCCGUUCGGAAAACUCCUCUUCGCCUUUAUGGGAUGGCUUGUAGGAUACGAUGGGCAUUUCCACUUCGAGAACAUUGGCGAUUCGUACAUUGCGAACAAGGUUCCCUAUGUCGCCUUCCGAGCUCUGCCCGCUAUUCUCGGCGCCUUGACCGUCACCGUCACUUACCUGAUCAUGUGGGAAUCCGGUUACAGCCUGCCUGCCUGCAUUCUUGCUGCUGGCCUUGUACUUCUCGACAACGCCCAUAUUGGCCAGACCCGUUUGAUUCUCUUGGAUGCGACGUUGGUCUUCUGCAUGGCCUGCAGUUUGCUCUGCUACAUUAAGUUCUACAAGCUGCGCCACGAGCCUUUCUCUCGCAAGUGGUGGAAAUGGCUUAUCCUCACUGGAUUCGCUCUGUCGGCUGACAUGUCCACCAAGUACGUCGGUCUCUUCGCUUUUGUCACCAUCGGCUCGGCCGUGAUUAUCGACCUCUGGGCCCUGUUGGACAUUAAGCGACCUGGCGGUGCUCUGUCUCUCCCUGAGUUUGGCAAGCACUUUGCUGCCCGUGCGUUCGGUCUCAUUCUCAUGCCUUUCCUCUUUUACCUCUUCUGGUUCCAGGUUCACUUUGCCAUCCUGACUCGCUCUGGCCCUGGUGAUGACUUCAUGACCCCCGAAUUCCAGGAGACUCUUAGCGACAACGUCAUGUUGGCCAACUCCCUGCCUAUUGAGUACUACGACACCAUCACCCUUCGUCACAAGGAGACCAAGACCUAUCUCCACAGCCACGAGGACCGAUACCCCCUUCGAUAUGACGAUGGUCGUGUUUCUAGCCAGGGUCAGCAGGUCACUGGUUACCCUUACAAUGACACCAACAACUACUGGCAGAUUAUCCCCCUUGUCGACGAUCAGCAGACAGGCAAGAUCGUCAGAAACCAGGAUGUUGUCCGCCUUAGGCACUUGGGCACUGAUACCAUGCUGCUCUCGCACGACGUUGCCUCUCCUUACUACCCGACCAACCAGGAGUUUACCACGGUUCCCUUGGCCGAGGCCUAUGGUGAACGUCUUAAUGACACUCUCUUCGAGAUUAGAGUUGAGAACGCCAAGCCGGGCCAGGAGUUCAGGAGUAUUUCGAGCCACUUCAAGUUGAUUCACAACCCCAGCAAGGUUGCCAUGUGGACUCACACCACUCCUCUUCCCGAGUGGGGACACAAGCAGCAGGAAAUCAACGGCAACAAGCAGCUAGCCCCCAGCUCCAACAUUUGGUUUGUCGAGGAUCUUCCGUCUGUUCCCUUGGAUUCCAAGAGACGCGAGAAGCCAGAGAAGGAGGUUAAGACCCUGCCUUUCUUCCGCAAGUGGUUCGAGCUUCAGCGAUCCAUGUUCUGGCACAACAACCAGUUGACUAGCAGCCAUCCGUACGCCAGUCAGCCCUGGCAAUGGCCUUUCUUGCUCCGUGGUGUCAGUUUCUGGACCCAGAACGACACUCGUCAGCAGAUCUACUUCCUCGGUAACCCUGUUGGCUGGUGGCUUGCGAGCAGUCUGUUGGCUGUCUUCGCCGGUAUCAUCGGCGCUGACCAGGUCUCUCUUAGACGGGGUAUCGACGCUCUGGACCACCGCACCCGUUCGCGUUUGUAUAACUCUACCGGCUUCUUCUUCCUUGCCUGGGCCACUCACUACUUCCCCUUCUACCUGAUGGGCCGUCAACUCUUCUUACACCACUACCUUCCGGCGCACUUGGCCUCUUGUCUGGUCGCCGGUGCUCUUUUGGAGUUUAUCUUUACCGCCGAGCCGGCUCCUGAGGAAGGCUACCAGACCAUCAAGGGCAACAAGAAGGGUGAUGGACCCAAGAGGCAUAUCAGCGCCCGCGAGCGUUUCGCUGGCCAGAGUCUUUUCCCCGCUUGGAUUGCCUGUGGUGUCAUUUUGGCCGUUGCCGUCGCUGGCUGGUACUUCUUCCUGCCGCUGACUUACGGUUACCCCGGUCUCAGCGUCGAGCAAGUCGUUCGCCGCAAGUGGCUCGGUUACGAUCUGCACUUCGCCAAAUAA